UUCUCACUACAACAAUUAAUCCCAAAGAUUUAGGCUUUUCUAUCCUUCCAAUUUACUCUAAAGUAAAAAUAAAAUAAAAUUAUGGCAAUUGAUAUGAUCUCAGAGGCUCCAAGCCUAGUUACAAGUCCAAGAAUCUCUUUCUCAUCAGAUGAUGUUUGCAGCAAACAAGUCUUGGAUUUGCAUCAUCAAUCAGAUUCAAAUUCUGAUUUUGAUUUCUGUAUUAGCAACAGCGCUAAUACAGAAACUUGUUCAGCAGAUGAACUCUUCUUGGAUGGCUUAAUUCGCCCUCUUCAACUACAAGAAAAAUUUGUCACAUUAUCUAAAACUUUAGCUUCUCCUUCAACUCCAAAUCAAAAUGCAAUCUCGAAACAAGAUGUUACAAUUACUACUACCAUUAGUGUUGGUGUGCAAAAGGAUCAAAACAAGUCGUUUUGGCGUAUUGGAAGAAGCACUAGUCUCCAUGGCAAUAAGAAAAGCUCAUUUUGGUCGUUACCACGAAGCAAUUCUACUGGCUCAAAGAGUUGUUCAAUAAAAGAAAGUCACAAACAGAAUGCACAAUUCAAGCAAAUGAAGUAUAUGACCAAUUCUUCUGCAGCUAGUUUUUACACAUCACAAAAGCCUCCACUGAGAAAGAAUUAUAAUAAUGGGGUUCACAUUAAUCCUAUUCUGAAUGUGCCACCUACUUUUAUUCCAAAGGCUACUGCUAAUCUUUUGGGUUUUGGAUCAUUCUUUUCCAAUGGAAAACAAAACAAGAGUAAGAAAUGAUUUGGUUGUACUGUGUACUUGCCUCUCUCUUCUUUAUAAAUUAUUAUUGAAUUGCAUCAUAUAUGUUCUGUUGAUAAUUUUUUUAGUGUUCUUUCAUGACACCCUAUUCUUCUGGACUGAUGAUAUGAAUAUCUGUACUCAGCAUUAGUUUUCGGCAUAAUAA